CCAAGCGAACCUAACCUCUAUUUUGUGAACCUAACCUAUCUUUUCUACAUGUUUUCAUAAAUGUUAUUAAAAUGUUUACUACAAAGACUUUUGUACGAAAAAACAAACUUGGAAAUUACAUAAAGCAUACAAGGGAACAUUACAUCCGAGAUGAUAUCUUUUGCGGCUUUAAAUUCUGUGAAACAUGUUCCCAUACAGAAACUAGUCUCUCAAAAGACUUCCAGGUUAAAUCUUCUUUAAUAAAAAAGAAUCAUUAUCUUAUUUUGGAUACUAAUGUAAUUUUAGACCAGAUUGAUGUUUUAGAAGAAGAUGUAAUUGGAAACGUAAUUAUAUUAAAUACAGUCUUAAAUGAGGUUAAACAUCGAAAUUUACCAACUUAUCGCCGGCUAAUGAGCAUAAUUGAUAAUUCGAAACGACAUUUUUAUGUGUUUAUAAAUGAUUUUAAUAAAGAAACUUAUUUGCAACAAGAAAAAGGGGAAACACCCAAUGAUUAUAACGAUAGAUGCAUUAGAAAAGCUUGUUCUUGGUAUAUUCAACAUAUUCCCUGGGAAACUUUUGUGUUUAUUUCUGAUGACAAAGCAAAUAGGAGUAUUGCAAAAAAUGAAGAUAUUUUAUCCUACUCAAUGUCAAAAUAUGUAAGUAGUUUAACUGGAAAAGAAUAUCUUUCUGAUAAGCUCUCAAAAAAAGAUUUCCACCAAGAAGAAAAUGCUGAAAAUGUUUAUCCACCUCAUUUCUCCAUAACAUCAAUUCACCAAGGCAUCAAAGAAUCCACUUUACAUCAAGGAACAUUCCAUGCGUCUCGAGAUAAUUUCUUAGAAGCCACUGUUACAAUUGAUGCUUUUGAGGACCCGGUUAUCGUACGAGGAAGAGUUGGUUUAAACAGAGCUGUAGACGGGGAUUUGGUUGCGAUUGAAAUCUUGAAAAAAGAGGAUUGGAUCGCUCCGAGUGAUUUUAUUUUUGAAGACGAAGCUGGAAAUGAAAACGCGCUUGAAGAUGUCAUCGAGAAAGAACAGAAACUUUCUCAAGUUGGGAAAAAAGGUGAUAUUAAACCGACAGGACGAGUCGUUGGAAUUAUCAAGAGGAAAUGGAGACAAUAUUGUGGGAUUCUUCAAGAUGGGCUUGAUGGUGUUUAUCAACUUUUCAUUCCAGCUGAAAAAAAGAUUCCUAAGAUUCGUAUUGAGACGAGACAAGCUGAGUUUUUGAGGACUCAAAAGUUAAUUGUUGCUAUUGAUAGUUGGCCAAGGACAUCUCGAUAUCCAAAUGGUCAUUUUGUUAGAGCUUUGGGUAAAAUUGGAGAUCAAAAAACUGAAAAUGAAGUUGUUUUAUUAGAACAUGAUGUCCCUCACCAUCAAUUUUCCGAAGAAGUUCUAAAUUGUCUCCCAAAAAUUCCUUGGGUUAUAACGGAAGAGGAUGUUAAUAAACGCGUUGAUUUACGUCACAUAAAUAUUUGUUCAGUUGAUCCACCAGGAUGUACAGAUAUUGACGACGCUUUGCAUUGCCGACAAUUAGAAAACGGUCAUUUCGAAGUUGGUGUUCAUAUCGCUGACGUAUCUCAUUUUAUUCGACCGGGAACUGCUUUGGAUAAAGAAGCAGCUUCUCGCGCGACGACUGUUUAUCUUGUAAAUAACAGAAUCGACAUGGUUCCUGAUUUAUUAAGUUCAAAUUUAUGCUCGUUAAGAGGUGGGGAGGAACGUUUCGCGUUUUCUUGCGUUUGGGAAUUAGACAAAAAAGCCAACAUUAUUAAUACUCGUUUUCAUAAAAGUAUAAUUAAAUCAAAAAAAGCAAUGACGUAUGAAGAAGCCCAAAUUACAAUUGAUGAUGGUUCCCAAACCGAUGAAUUGGCCCAAUCUUUAAGAAAUUUAAAUAAAUUAGCGAAGUUUUUAAAAAAGAAACGAUUAGAAAAGGGAGCUUUAGUGUUGGCAUCUCCUGAAAUAAAGAUAAUGAUGGAUACAGAAACUCACGAUCCAAUCGAUGUAGAAGUUAAAAAAUUAUUUGAAACUAACUCAAUGGUUGAAGAAUUUAUGUUAUUAGCUAAUAUUAGUGUAGCUGAAAAAAUUCUUGAAGAUUUUCCAGAUUGCGCAAUGUUAAGAAGACAUCCAGAACCACCACCAAUUAAUUUUGAUCCUGUCAUAAAAGCUGGAAAACAUUUAGGUUUUGAAAUUCAUAUUGAUUCUGGAAAACAUUUAGCAGAUUCUUUAGAUGCAGCUGUAAAAACUGAUAAUCCAUACUUAAAUACAAUGUUAAGAAUACUUACAACAAGAUGUAUGAUGCAAGCUGUUUAUUUUGCAAGUGGAAUGUUCACAAAAGCCGAAUUUUUUCAUUACGGUUUAGCUGUUCCGCUUUAUACACAUUUUACUUCACCAAUUCGAAGAUAUGCCGAUAUAAUAGUCCAUCGACUUCUUGCAGUUUCAGUGGGUUCUGACUCAACAUAUCCUGAUUUAUUAGAUAAAAGAAAAACUAGCGACUUGUGUCAAAAUUUAAAUUACAGGAAUCGAAUGGCUCAAUAUGCUGGACGAGCUUCCAUAGCUUUUAACACCCACUUAUUUUUUCGUGGAAAAAUUGAAGAUGAAGAAGGUUACGUUUUGUACGUUCGUAAAAACGCUUUACAAAUUUUAAUUCCAAAAUUCGGCUUGGAAUCGACGCUUUAUCUGGGGAAAAAGGGUGAAGAGAAAUUAAGCAUUUUCGAAUACAACGAGGAAGAUCAUACCCAAAAAUGUGGCGAUAUUGUUUUUCACGCUUUCGAUCCGGUUACCGUUCGAAUAAGUUUGGAUUCGAAUAAUAUUCAGCACGAAAAAUUCGUUCUUCAGUUGGUUAAACCAUUUAUUGAAGGGUUCAGUGUGGCACCUUUAAAACCAGGAGAUGAUCAAGAAGAUUUAAGGGCUAGUCCACCUAAAAGGCGGAAGAAAAUGAAAAAAAAUCGAUAAAUAUGAUUUAAUAUUUUAAAAUUGUGUGUUUUUUUUAA